AUGGCAAGCACCGAUGCCGAGAGGCACAGUCCCGACGAGCGGUCGCCUCUUCUCCCGCCGCACUCGCCCUCUGCACCAGCCCGGACGAGAUGGAGUCCUGCAACAAUUUCGUACCUCUUCCUGCUGAUCAUAAUCGCCGGGGUUGCCGCCGAUGGCAUCUCUGCUCCUGCUCUGACGCGCAUUUACGAGGCCAUAUACUGCCGCCAGUACUUUGCCGAACACGAUCCGAGCCUGAUCGGCCGUGACAAUGUGCCCGAGAAAUUCUGCAAGAUCCCAGCUGUGCAAGGCAAAGUUGCCAUGCUCAAGGCGUGGCAGACCUUUUUCGAUGCCAUCGGAAGCCUUUCACUCGCCAUCCCAUGGGGCUGGUAUGCCGACUCUCGUGGCCGAAAACCCGUCAUUCUCCUGACCACAUGGUCACUGUUUGCCAGGGCCGUGUGGAUUCAGAUAGUCUGCUUUUGUUGGAAGACUUUGCCUCUCAAGCUAGUGUGGCUGUCUGCAAUACACUCCAUCUCCGGCGGAGCUCCCGUCUUCUCAGCAAUAGCGUACGUCAUUGUUGCCGAUGUCACGCCCCAACAAGAAAGGCAAGUUAUCCUCGGAUACCGGCUGAGCAUGGAACUGACUGGAGCAGAGCGGCCGUCUUCUUCCGAUUUGGCGCUUCACAGCUUUUCGCAACCUUCAUUUCGUCACCAAUAG